UGUGUCUGGGGGAAAAAAUAGAAUAAAACAAUAACAUAACUUUUGAUCUAGAAUAGAUCUAAAUCUAGAUCUAGGUCUAAAGUCUAGAAACUCUAGAUAUACAGUUAUACUCAUAAAAUAAAAGAAGCCUAGAAUUAUUAAAAUUUGAACACUCGUGAUUCAUACAGAUUACAGAAUCUUUACAUGUUUUGUUAGUUCAGUUGUUACAGACCGAAAAUGGCUGAACAAAUCGACGAUUUUAUGUGUGACGAUGACUUCCAGGACCAUUUAAUUGGGGAUUGGGAGAAGGUUGAUGCCAAUUUAAAAAAUGAAGGCUAUCGUGCUGGAAUGGAAGAAGGCUUUGAACAAUGUUUACAAAAGGGAUUCAAUGCAGCAUUUAAUGAAGCAUUGAAAAUGUCAUUUGCUGCUGGAAAUAUUCAAGGCAAUUUAAGUGCUCAAAUAAGUAUUCCACCCAAGCUAUCCACCAGUCCUGUUGUAUUAUCUCAAGCUGUAGACACAAACUCAAUUCCUGCAAUUACAAAUUUGUUAUCGUCAUGUUCUGACCUCAUAAACAAAAUACCCAAUAUGUUAAAAAGUGAUGUAACCUUAGAAAAAAAGGACAGUUUAGUCGACGGAUCACCAGUCUUAGGAUCGUGCAUGAGUAAGAGUAUUGUGGACAGUACAAAAGGCAAUGAAGAGGCUGCAUCACAUGAUGCUAAGAAUGCUGCAUCAUGUCAUGAAAUUUGUAAUAAUAGUGAACAUUUCUGGAAUCAGUUGGAAAGUUUUAAACUUCAGGCUGCAAGGAUUGCAGAUACUAACUACUAAGGAUGAUUUUUGUUUUGACAACUGUACAAAUACUUUUAAUGUAACAUACCAUGUACCGUACCAUGCUUGCCAACAGCAGUUUAAGGAAUCAUCACCCAUCCCUUUUGAUUGACUUCAAUUUAUAUUUUUCAGUUUAAGGUACUAAUGUUUUCAGGGUGUCUGUCAGUACAUUCAAUAAGGUACUUUUUCUUCUACCAAUAUUGUGUCAAUUUUGGAAUAUUUUUACAUUGUAACAAUUUUGAAUUAUUUAUGCUGUGAUGCUAUUAAAAAUAAUUUUAAAAUUUAAA